AAAUAUUCUGUCCAGGAAUAAAUCAUGGUAUUUAUGUUGGUGUGUAUGUUGAUAGGAUUUUCACCUAGAGGAGGAGGAAGAGGAGGUGGUGGCAGAGGUGGCUUUGGUGGUAGAGGUAGAGGUGGUGGUGGACGUGGAGGAGGUGGUCGUGGUGGUGGUGGUGGCAGAGGGGGUAGAGGAGGAAGAGGAGGUUUUAGAGGAGGAAGAGGAGGGAUGAGAGGUGGUGCCAAAGUAACAAUUGAGCCACACAGACAUGAGGGAGUUUUUAUUGCAAGAGGCAAAGAAGAUGCUUUAGUCACAAAGAAUCUUGUUCCUGGUGAAGCUGUAUAUGGGGAAAAGAGAAUAUCAAUUGAUGGUGUUGGAGAAGGAGAAAAGAUAGAAUACAGAGUAUGGAAUCCAUUUAGAUCUAAGCUUGCCGCAGCUAUUCUUGGUGGUAUUGAUAAGAUCCACAUGCCUCCAGGUAGUAAAGUGCUUUACCUUGGUGCUGCUUCAGGUACAACAGUCUCCCAUGUAUCUGAUAUUGUUGGACCGGAUGGUCUUGUAUAUGCUGUAGAAUUUUCACACAGAUCAGGACGUGAUCUAUUAAAUGUUGCCAAGAAAAGAACAAAUGUUAUUCCUAUUAUAGAAGAUGCAAGACAUCCACAUAAGUACAGAAUGCUUAUAGGUAUGGUAGAUACGAUAUUUGCAGAUGUUGCACAACCAGACCAAGCUCGUAUUGUGGCUAUAAAUGCACAUAUGUUCCUUAAAAAUGGUGGUAACUUUGUCAUAUCUAUCAAGGCCAACUGCAUUGAUUCAACUGCACAACCUGCAGCUGUGUUUGCUGAUGAAGUAAAGAAAAUGCAGGGAGAGAAAAUGAAGCCUCAAGAACAACUGACACUAGAGCCUUAUGAAAGAGAUCAUGCUGUUGUAGUUGGCACAUACAGGCCUCCACCCAAGAAGACUUGAACUCAUGUGAAUUUGCCCUAUUUUACUUCUAUUUUUAUGUGUAUAUUUUAUAUUAAUGCUAAAUGUGACAACAUCCUUGUACUUUUCACAGCAAUAAUGUUGGCAUUGAAAKGUUUACAUUCAGUGGUUUUGCAAACCAACAUGACAUAGACUAAAGCAAGUCCAAGGAAACAAUUGUUGACAUUUGCAUAUGUACCAAUCUCAGUACAAAGUAGUUUUCAUAAAACACAAUUUAUGGAUUGAAAACAGCUUUAUGUUAUUAUUUUAUGCUAUGUUUAUUACUACUAGGUCAAUGAAAACAAUCAUGAAUGUUUGUACUUGGGUAGCAAAUUUGAAAAUGAACAAAUAGAAAACAAUGAUUGAAGACCUUUCUCAAGGUCGAUCCAAAUAUUUUAUGUGCAAGUUUUUCCUGGAGAACCUGUUCAUGGGUCUUUGGUUUAAGGUUCCUUUGACUCCAUAUUCUUAGUUUUCCGUUUUGAGAUUCUCACUUGAAGUAUUUGAACUAGCUGUGCUAAACCGAAACUUUACUUGUAUGUAUAGUAAUAAAAACAACAACAAACAAA